CUGGUUGGAUGUUGGGCGGGGUCUGGGGAGACAGAGAGAGACAGAGAGCUGAAAAACCUCCAGACUCUCCUGCUGCUGCUGCUGCUGCUGCACGGACAAAAGGAGAAGAAGAAGGAGAAGGACGGAGAGACAGAGACACGCAGAGACAGAAGGACAGAGAGACAGAAGGACAGGGAGACAGGGAGACGGGCAGAGAGCGCGGAGGACAGACGGACGGGGAUCCGGGGAGGAUGGGCCGGCGGAGCGGCCGUCGGUAGCGCUCUGUUUUCGGGCACGGAGCUCCAGGAUGAGCGUAGCGCUGCAGGACCUCCGGCACACCAUGUCCAGCUAUAAGAGAGCUACGUUGGAGGAGGACGAAGUGUCGGACGCUCCGGCUGAGGCAGCCUCGUCUCCUGACAGAGUGGAGGUGGGUUUCAGGAAGGGAGGCGUGGAUAUUCUGGGCAGGAGGACUCAGCUGGAGGUUCUGCUGUCGGUCCUGCUGCUGGCUGCCCUGCUGGCUCUGCUGGCCUGUCUGCUGGUGCUGGGUCUAGGAUUCAGCUCAGACAGUGGGCGUGGCCUGUGCCUGUCGGAGGCGUGUGUCACUGUGGCGAGUCAGAUGGUGGAAGCGAUGGACCGCAGCGUCGACCCGUGCCACGACUUCUACCAGUUCGCCUGCGGAGGCUGGAUAAGGAAAAACCCGCUGCCUGACGGACGAUCUCGCUGGUCCACGUUCAACAGCAUCUGGGAGCAGAACCAGGCACUGCUGAAACACCUCCUGGAGAACGGGACUUUUAACAGCAGCAGCGAGGCGGAGAGGAAGACUCAGUCCUACUACCUGUCCUGUCUCAACACGCAGAGGAUCGAGGAGCUGGGAGCUCAGCCUCUAGUGGACCUCAUCGCAAAGAUCGGGGGCUGGAACAUGACGGGUCCCUGGGAGAAGGAGAACUUCAUGGAGGUUCUGAAGGUGGUUUCUGGUCCAUACAGAGCUCAGCCUUUCUUCAGUGUCGGAGUCAGCGCUGAUCCUAAAAACUCCAACAGCAACGUCAUCCAGGUGGACCAAUCAGGGCUCUUCCUGCCGUCCAGGGACUAUUACCUCAACAAGACAGCCAAUGAGAAGGUGCUGGUGGCGUACCUGGACUACAUGGUGGAGUUGGGGAUGCUGCUGGGGGGGGAGAAGAGCUCCACUCAGCUUCAGAUGCAGCAGAUUCUGGAGUUUGAGACGGCGCUUGCCAACAUCACUGUCCCACAGGACCAACGGCGGGACGAGGAGAAGAACUACCACAAAGUCACCAUCGCUGAAUUACAGCUGCUGGCUCCGGCCGUGGACUGGUUGGACUACCUGUCGUCCUCUCUGUCUCCUCUGGAGCUGAACGACACUGAACCCGUCGUCCUGUACGGCAGAGAGUACCUGCAGCAGGUGUCUGAACUCAUCAACAAGACCGACCGCAGUCUGUUGAAUAACUACAUGAUGUGGACGUUGGUUCAGAAGAGCGUGGCCAGUUUGGAUCAACGCUUCGAGAACGCUCAGGACAAACUGCUGGAGAGUCUCUACGGGACCAAGAAGUCCUGCACCCCCCGCUGGCAGACUUGUAUCGGGAACACUGACGACACUCUGGGCUUCGCUCUGGGAGCGCUGUUCGUCAAGGCGACCUUUGACAAACACAGCAAAGAGAUCGUGAGUCCCUGCAUUGUUUACACCUGGAUAAUAAUGACCUACAGCAGGGACAGAUGGUCCUGGAUCUGGUACAGGUCUGGUCUGGUUCAUCACCUGUCCUUCUGUCCCUCUCAGGCUGAGGAGAUGAUUAACGAGAUCCGCUCAGCGUUUAAAGAAGCUCUGGACCGACUCGGCUGGAUGGACGACCACACGAGACAGGCUGCUAAAGACAAGGCAGAUGCGAUCUACGAUAUGAUCGGUUUCCCAGAAUUCAUCCUGGACCCCAAAGAGCUGGACGACGUUUAUGACGGGUAUGAGGUGUCAGACGACAGCUUCUUCCAGAACAUGCUGAACUUCUACAACUUCUCAUCCCGCGUGAUGGCCGACCAGCUGAGGAAGACGCCCAACAAAGACCAGUGGAGCAUGACUCCUCCUACAGUUAAUGCCUACUACAUGCCCACUAAGAACGGCAUCGUCUUCCCUGCUGGGAUCCUACAAGCUCCUUUCUACGCCCGCGACCACCCCAAGGCGUUGAACUUUGGUGGGAUCGGGGUGGUGAUGGGUCACGAGCUCACACACGCCUUCGACGAUCAAGGUCGUGAGUACGACAAAGAAGGAAACUUGAGGCCGUGGUGGCAGAACUCGUCUGUGGACGCGUUUCGUGAGAGAACGGAGUGUAUGGUGGAUCAGUACAACAGCUACCUUGUCAACGGAGAGCACGUCAAUGGGAAACAGACGCUCGGAGAAAACAUCGCCGACAACGGAGGACUGAAGGCUGCGUACCAUGCGUAUCGGUCGUGGGUGGAGAAGAGUGGAGAGGACAAAAGACUUCCUGCCGUCAACCUGACCAAUGAUCAGCUCUUCUUUGUGGGAUUCGCUCAGGUGUGGUGUUCAGUUCGAACACCAGAGAGCGCUCACGAGGGCCUGGUGACCGACCCCCACAGCCCGCCCCGAUACAGAGUCAUCGGCACGCUCGCCAACUCUCCAGACUUCAGCCGCCACUUCAACUGUCCUGCAGGGACGCCCAUGAACACCGGGAGACGCUGCGAGGUCUGGUAGACGGACUGAAGAGAGAGCGUAGGCUCAGGGGUGUUAAUUAGAUCCGUUAAUUAACAGGUCGGGUUAGUUAGGAAACUAACAGAUUGUUAACUGACAGAUGAGUUUCUUAAUUAACGUGUCUUAAUUAGAGGAGUUUGGUUAUUCGGGGCGUUGCAGGUGUGAUCUUAAGUUUCAUGCCGUCAUUAUAAAUCUGUUCAUUAGAGACGAUCAGACUGACUUCCUGUCUGGAAACUAAACAGACUCAGUGGAGACGUGAAGGGACUGAUGAUGAUGAUGAUGGUGGUGAUGAAGCCACAUGGGAUGAUGUUGCUGAUUUCUGCUUUAUCACCGCUAUUGAUUAUUAUUAUUAAUGGAAUUUGGUUCGUGUGUGUGUGUGUGUGUGUGUGUGUGUGUGUGCGCUGUCUGUCGUAUGAAAGAGCUCUGUAACUCUCUCCCUCUGAUGACAUCACUGUGAUGACCUCAUACAAAGUUGACCUAUUAUCAAUAUAGAUCAGUCGCAGCCGUGUGUGUGUACAGAUCGAUCAGAGUGAUCAGAGGAAGCUGUCGUCUGAUAAAUUCAAAUUCCGAGGUUACAUCAACAUUAUAAUGGAUCAAUAAAUUAAUGGAUUAUGGUAUAUUGCUUCAUAAUAAAAAAAAUAAAAGGCAGUUCUGAGGUAUUAAUUAAAAAUUUCAUUUUAUUUGGUACAUUUUAAGUUGGGGUUUUUUUCAGAUCACCUAAUCAACAAUCCAUUAAUUCAUCCAAUAACCACUUAAAUUUGUCAUUGAAAUACAUUAAUUGCAUCCGUUUUAAUGAGUUAAUUAACAGAGUUUUAUGGUUAAAUAUGAAGGGAUUUUGUUUCUCCUUCAUUUGUACCUUAAAAGGACCUUAAGUUUUAAUUUUAGGUGCAAAUUGAAGGCUUCACUCCAUAUUUUGGGUUAAUUAAUUGUUAAACUUUUACCUUAGCUGAUUAAUUAAUUAAGGCCAUUUUAAGGUGAGUUAAGAAUGUGUGUAAAAAUACCUUUUAAUAUAUUACAAACCAUUAAUAAUUAAUAAUCAUCUAGAAUCCAUUAGAUACCUUAUUUCUACACAUGAAGGGAUUUCAGCCUCACAGUGUUAACUGUUGUCGUUCUGUACACUUUAAACCACUCCACAUGUCAACACCCUGUAACCACUGACCACCGAUACAGAGCCUCACAUCCAGAAAAACUUCAAGAGUGGGAAGAAGGAAAAAACAAGCGCCUUAAAAAUUAGAUUUUAUUAUAAAACAGACUUUGGAAUAUUGCCUUAAAAUUUAAACAAACGCCUUAAAAAGUCAAAUGAUCGGCUGUUUGUUGACCUCUCAGGUCAAAUCAAUCAGUCUUAAUUUAACAGUGGCAAGUCACAGACCGGUCUCACGCUCCAUGAUAUGACAGCUGUGGGGCGUUCAGGCACUAAAACAAGCGUUUUCUUGUUGUCAUUUUAUCUUUUAUCAAAGUUUUACCUUUAGCAGUUUGAUAAACACAGAGCCUGAACAAGACACGACUCCCUUAUUGUCCUCACACAUUCUCCCUCCCAAGUCGUCACAUAUGGACGCAUGUUCAAGACCCGUUGGCGUCAGUUUGUAGGGAAGACCUGUAGUGUUGUAUUCAAGGUAGGUGUUGGGUAUUUAAUAAUAAAAGCCGAGUAAGGAGGUGGUGUGCUAGAAACUUUCGACCAGGAGACCAGCGUUUCCCGUGUGAGACAAAAAGUCAACGUUGAAUGUUUUUAUUUAAGUUACAUACGUAGGUUACAUAAGUUGAGUAAGCGACGCUACUUAACUUACGUAAGUUAAAUGACACGAAACAUGAUCUUUUCCUGAACGUACGUUUGUUUAUUAAACCUAAACAAAUUGCGACCUUUCACAACUUUAACACAUACUUUUAUUUUGAAAGUCUAACAGGACAUUGCAUAUGUAUUGUUAAAAUGCGAGGGACCUGAACAAGCGAUCAUAAGUGACGAGUUGGGAAUCAGAAUGUGUUAAAUUUUCAGAGCUUCGAGAGAAGACAACUGGACCUUUUAAUAAAAACGUUACACAAACUCGUUCUCACUCCCGACUCGUCACACAUGGACGCUUUUUAACGACCUGGGUACCCUUUAUGGUGUACUCACUCUAGCUGGUCCGUACCGUGCCCGAGCACGUUUAAGACUAGUUCAUUUGACCAUUGUGGCCGCUCGUACUUAAAAAGGUGGGCUCGGGCACAGUUAACUGUGAUUUAUACGUCUGUGUCGAAUCAAUGGCGUAGCCUCUGCGUAGCCCCAUACCCUACGGCGUCGCCAGACGUGCACCACCUCAAAAAUGUAACUACACGUUGUGGCGACGCGGACCGUAAGAACUGUGAUUGGUCGGAUCGGUAGCCUCUCAAUGCCUCAGAGCCGACAGGAAGUGCUUUGAGGCAAAUUUUUCUAGCGGCCAAUCCAGCGGCUGUAACGCGAUGCAUCAGUAUAUUUGACCGUCACAACCCGAGCGAAAUGACUCGUUUCAUUAUCAAAAUGCGAUCCUUUACAUUUGAAAAGUCUAACAGCCGCACGUAUACAAUUUUACCCCCGUUCACGUUAGCAGAGGGCUAAAGAGUUAGCCUUCUACGCCGCCAAAAGUCAACACAGUGGACGCUUUAGCGCUACCGCCAACUAGUGUUUGGCAGUGUAAUUGCAGAACGACGCAGGCACCGACACACAAGUGUAAAUGCAUGGAUACAACCGGGUCUAGUGUGAGUUCACCCUAAGUGUCGUUUUUGUACAUGUGGGGCUCUGCGGUAAAGUUAGCAACAGUAAAUCAUCAGCGUCUAAUUAGACUUUCAACAUAAAAACUAGAGGUUUCUGUUGUGAAACGUCCCAGUUUGGUUAUGUUUAGGUUAGUUUAGCACUAAUUUAGGUUUAAGAAAAGAUCCUGGUUUGGGUGAAAGUUACUACGAAAGUUAAGUGACGUAACUCGUUGUUUCACACGGGAAACGAACAUCGGUCUCCUGGUUGAAAGUCCGAUUUCUCACCAACCAUCCAGCUCAACCACCUCCUUACUCGGACUUCCCUGUUGGAUAUCAUUAUCACCUACCUUUGGCGUUCAUAAGUGACGCUACACGGCCCUACAAACAGACGCCUCUGAGUCUUGACCAUGUGUCCAUAUGUCACAGUAAAUAAGUUUGGAUUGAGAACGUGUUUGAGAAACAUGAUGAUUAUAUCAAAGAAAUAUAUAAAUAUUGAGUAAAUAUGAAGUGUUAGAAGAGUUUCCAUCACAGAUUAAAUCAAAGAAACAUUAGUUUAGUUUAAAGACACGUUACCUCAACUUCAUUACCCACAAUCCCUUAGUGUGACGGACCGGCUCAGCGUAGGUACCUGACUCUGACAGCAGGUGGAGCCGCUCACCUGGACUCAAUCACCUGAAACACAAACUGAAUAUUCAGAUAUUAAAAGUCGGCUUCUCACAACACUGCGCUCAGUGUGAUGUCACUGCGUGUGUGUGUUUGCUUCGCCUCCUGAUGACAUCACCGUCCAAUCCCGUGCAGCUCCUGUGCGUGCAGUGUUUAGUUAAGCAGAAGAAGAAGCUGCUUCCUGCCAAAGACCGUUUCUGUUUUCUGUGUGUGUGUGUGUGUGUGUGUGAUGCUCGUCUAGCUUUGUGAGGACCGGGUUCAGUUUUAACCCGUCUUUGUGAGGACACCAGGACCUCAAAGGCCCGUUUAAAGGUUCUGUUAGAACCAGGUUCAGGUUGUGGUGAGCGUCACCGAGGGUCCUCACAAGUAUAGAAGUGUACGUGUGUGUAAUACUGUGUGUGUACAGUAGACGACAGUAGAUCUUAUGUAGAAUAAACACAGCUUGUUGAAAACUGUCUUGUGUCCUGUAGGGGGUGGGGGGCUCUGCUCGUCCAAUCAGAGCGAGCGUUACUGACGACGGUGCAGAUCUACAGAAAUAUAAUAAACACCGAACAUAAUAAAACUCACAGCUCCGCGCUGAUUAUAAAAACCAGAACACAUCAUGUCUCGUCUGCUUUGCUUUCUCCAAAUAAAGUAUAUGGUAAAAAUACUCCGUUACAUGUAAAAGUACAAAAGGAUUAACAGCAAAGUAUCAAAAGUACACUGCUUCACUACACCUUCUUGUACUUUUUACUGCACUACAUUUAUCUGAUGGUGAUGUUAAUUGAUCAGUAACAAUAAAACCGCAAUCUGAUACCUAAUAAGUACUUUUACAUCUUAUGGAGUAUUUGUAUCGCGUGGUACUGCUACUUUUAAGAAGAAUAUCAGAACACUUCUUACGCCUCAGUACAAGUACAUGUCCUGCAUUCAGUGUUACUUACAGUAAAAGUAAAAGUAUUAUCACGUACUUUUAAGUUUAAAAAGUACAAUGAUUUUUUAUAUUAUUACUUUGUUUCUUGUUAGCUUUGUUAAAUGUUACAUUAACUGAAGUACUGCAUUUGAGUACAAAGUUGAGGUACAUGUAGGCCUACUUUGUUUGAGUAUUUCCAUUUUAUCCUUGUACUUUUUACUGCAGUACAUUUAUCUGGUGGUGAUGUUAAUUCAUCAGUCAAAAUAAACAACCUGACACAAA